AUGGCUGUACCCUCGUCCUACAAGACUAAAGACAUGGUCUUUCGUCAUCUUGGUCCUACUGGUCUCAAGGUCUCCAUCUUCUCUUUGGGAGGAUGGCUCACAUACGGAGGAACACAGAAAGGAGAUAUCGUAAAGGAAUGUCUCCAGGCAGCUUGGGACAAUGGCAUCAACUUCUUCGAUACGGCCGAGGUCUACUCUAACGGACAGUGCGAGGUUGAAAUGGGUCGUGCUUUGAAAGAGUUGGGCUGGCCAAGAGACGAAUAUGUUCUUUCCACUAAAGUCUUUUUUGGGACAGGCCGCGAAGAACCGAAUACUCGCGGCUUAUCACGCAAGCACGUCGUGGAAGGACUCAAAAGCUCGUUGCAACGACUUCAGCAACCAUACGUCGAUAUCGUCCUCGCACACAGGCCAGAUGCUGCAACUCCCAUGAAAGAGAUCGUGGAAGGCUUCACGCAGUCCAUCCGUAACCUCAAUCUCGCUUACUACUGGGGCACGUCCGAAUGGUCGGCCACUCAGAUCACGGAGGCAACCCUGAUCGCGGAAAAAUACAAUUUGAUUGCGCCAAUUGCAGAGCAGCCGCAAUAUAAUUGCUUCCAUCGCGAGAGAUUCGAAGUUGAAUACGCUCCGAUCUUUGACCAGUUCAGCUACGGGACGACCAUAUGGAGUCCACUUGCAUCGGGUCUGCUCACUGGAAAGUACAACAACGGAGUACCGCAGGAUAGCCGAUAUGCGACGAACAAGACGGUAUUCGCCAACAACGUUAAAGAACUCGAAUCACCCGAAGGCAAAGCGAAAAUCGAAAAAGUGAAGAAGCUUACCGCUGUGGCAGAACGUCUGGGGGGAACUGCUGGUCAAUUAGCACUCGCCUGGUGCGCAGCGAAUCCCAAUGUCAGCACCGUCAUUCUAGGCGCGACGAAAGUGGAACAGAUCCAUGAUAACUGCAAAGCACUGAAGCUGUUGCCAAAGCUGACGCCGGAGGUCUUGGAAGAGAUCGAGGGGAUUUUGGACAACAAGCCAAAAGAGGCCCCCAAAUAUGGGCGUUCGAGGUAG